UGUUUAUUAAAUCUUUUUUACGAUUUGAUAUCAUCUCAUAAAAAUAAGCUCCUAAAAACUACACAGUGUGUAACUCUAAAGGAAGUCAAUAAAUGAAAAGGGAAAAAAAACAAAUCUCGUUUUCAGCUACCAAGCUACGUCACUUCCGGGAUGUAUAGGAGAGCAAAAUGACAGCUGGUUUGUUUUCAUCAAGAAGGAGAAUUCAAAGUAGACAUCAAAGUGUCAUGUGGUGAACAGCCUCCAAGUCCUCCCUGUUCUGGUCUGUCCAGAGCAACUGGCCAAAGAGGGACCAGCAUUUCUUCUGGAGACAUCUGCCAGCCCUACCAGCCACUCUGGCGAUGUCGGUACGAACACAGAAGAAGACAGUAAGCUGUGACAGUGUUCCAGUCAAGGGAAACGUCUCUUCAGCUGAGGGGGGUGCUGUUCAGGGGGACGGAGCCAUGGAGCCACCAGAGGACCAGGACGGUCGUACCUUUGUGGAGGUGAUGAGUGAAAAGUACAGCCCGGAUAACUUUCCGCUACGCAGAGGGCCUGGUAUGGGAAUAGUGGUGGUACCCACUGUAUGUCCUCAAGGCUCCCCUAUGAAAGACCGACUGAACCUGCCCAGUAUUCUGGUGUUGGAUAGCUGUGGGAUCAGCAGGGCAGGAGACGAGGCUGAGAUUGCUGCUUUCUGUGCCCAUGUCAUAGAGCUGGACCUGUCUCGAAACAAGCUGCAGGACUGGCGUGAGAUCAGUAAAAUCGUGUCCAACAUCCCCAACCUGGAGUUCCUCAACCUGAGCUAUAACCCCCUGGCAGGAAUGACCCUGGAGCCGCGCUGCGCUGAAGGCUUCUCCCGGGUCCGACGCCUCGUCCUCAACAACACUCGGGUGUCCUGGGACACCGUGCUGCUGCUCACCAGGGAGAUAACUGAGCUGGAGGAGUUGUUCCUGUGCCUUAAUGAGUACAGCAGUGUGAGUACCUCCAGUGUGACCUGCCCCACCUUGCGCCUGCUUCACAUCACCGACAACAGCCUCCAGGACUGGGCCGAAGUUCGCAAGAUUGGCUCCAUGUUCCCCAGCCUGGACACUCUGGUCAUGGCCAACAACAACUUGGCCUCCAUUCAGGACAACAAGGAUAUCCUGCGACGGCUCUUCCCCAACCUACGCAGCAUCAACCUGCACAACUCAGGUCUCACCAGAUGGGAGGACAUCGAGAUGCUCAACUUUUUCCCUAAGUUGGAGGAGGUGCGGCUGCAGGGCAUCCCCUUACUGCAGACUUACACCAACACAGAGCGACGCAGCCUCAUGAUAGCACAGCUCCCUUCUAUAUCACUGCUAAAUGGCAGUGUUGUGAGUGAUAGUGAGAGAGAAGAUGCAGAGAGGUUCUUCAUCCGUUACCACGUAGACUACCCUGAGGAGGAGCUGCCUUACAGAUAUCAUUCCCUGGUAACCAAAUAUGGGAAGCUGGAACCUCUUGCUGAGGUUGACCUCCGACCUCGCUGCCGUGCCCAGGUAGAGGUUCACUGUGAGGAGAAAGUGGAACAGCUGAGCAUCCGUUUGGACCAGACCGUAGCUGAGCUGAAGAAGCAGCUGACAACAGUGGUCCAGCUGUCCACCAACAGCAUGAGGCUUUACUACAUCGACAAGAUCGGCAUCUUUGGUCCGGAGGAAAUGAAGUACAACACCCGGGUUCUCCACUCCUACAGCAUCCAAGAUGGUGACGAACUACUGGUGGUUCCCAAGACCAAGUGAAGACCCAGCUGGUGUCCAACUGGAUAAUUAGAGUGACUCAUUGAUUGAUUGAUUAAUUGGAUUAUUUGUUGAUUGGUUAACUGACAUCACAAAACAAAUGCAUAUGGAACAGCAUCAGCGGCCCACUCGUUGGAACGGAGAGAGUAAAACAAGAAAAUGAUGCGAACACCCUCAUGGUGACUGCACAGUGGACUACAGCGGGCUGCUGGCAGGCACUUUCUGGAAAUGCAGCCAUUACGUCUUUAUUUAUUUCAGCUUUAUUAGGGGCAUCCACUGGAGUUUGUAGACAAAUCUGUCACACUGGAAGAGCAGCCAGCUAGCAGCUUAAGCAGAGGGGAGGGCACCGCUGUACCAGCAAAGCUUCGCUGCAGCUCUAUCUCUUAGUACACGUACAUGUACCAUAGCACCUGCAUAGGCGAGUAUCCAACACCACUGGCUUGCCCACUUGUUGCAAAAACUACCCUGAUUAGCAGUGAGGCAGUGCACUUUUAAAGUGGGCACAAUAUCAGAAAGAGCAGCAGUUGUUGAAGGAAAAAUCCUGCCUAAAACUGUUAAACGCUGGUGAUAAAGGUAGCAGUUUUUGAGUCCA